AUUGGUAGGUAAUUAACUUGGAAAACUAAAUAAGCCAUGCAUGCAUGCAUGCAAACUUCAAUUAGAAUCCUCAUAGACUUUUGUUUGUAUAGAUAGAUUAUUAUUCCCCACCAAUUUCCCCGGCCUUUAAUUUGUUAGACCACCGUCGACGUACCUCAUCUUCUCGUGGAGGGGCGGCCGGUCCCUCCUCCCCCUUAUAUGGAUCAUCAUCACGACUCCUCCUCACAACCGCCACCACCCGUCAAUUCCCUAGAUACCUACAUCCUCCAAAUUCCCCGCGAUCAAAUCUAUCGUGUUCCACCCCCGGAAAACGCUGAAAUUAUUCGCAGCAUCCCCAUCGCUCCCAAAAAGAAGAAGAAAAAACAAUGCGACCCUCUUUGUUGUUUCUUUUCUCUCUGCGCGGCUAUGAUCAUUUUCUUCAUCGCAACCGUUUUGUUGGUUUUGUACCUCCUUCUCCAUCUUAAGACUCCCGAAUUCUCAAUCACCGGAUUAACUUAUAUGAGUAACUCGUCGUCAACUAGCAAGCAUGCAAACCCUAGCUACGAUGUUACCAUGAAGGUUCAUAACCCUAAUAAGAAAAUGCAUAUUUUUUACGAAAAUGGGGGAAAUGUCUCUUUACUUUUCGAAAAGGAUAAGCUUGGGGGUGGGAAAUAUCCUUUGAUCUCUCAAGAACCUAAUGAAUCGAAGACGAUUAAAGCGGUUCUUUCUGGUUCGGCCAAGCCUCUCCCGGCCGUGAUCCAAAAGAGGAUGAACGCCACGGGCAAGGCAUCAGGACCCAUUACUUUGUCUCUUGUCAUUAGUGAACCGAUCGAGUUAAAGGGUGCGAUCACAACCAAGAAGCGAAUGGCGGUCAUGUGCGAAUUUGGCGUGAAUACAUUGUCUUCGUCGACGAAAAUUCUGUCUCAAGAGUGCCACACAGAAUUCUUUUUCGAAAAGCAAAAAAGUUGA